AAGCUACGCACGUCAGCUAUCGUUAGCAGCCAGUGCUAUCACGCACAUCAUUGUAAUUUUACAUUAUUUUAGCGGUGGUGGGACCAUUUUUUUUUGUAAGUAAAAAUAAAUAUUAAAAAAAAAAAAAAAAAAAGUAAAGGAAACAUCAGAGAUUAGUAGCAAGGAGUGGGGGACGUUUCCACCCGGUUAAUCGUGUGUGUACAUUAUACUGGUAAAUAAACGUGUCGUGCGAGGAGUGGUAGUUUAGAAGGAGGAUAACAACGAGAGUACUUUAUACGUGGGGAGGGACAUGUCGUCGUUCUUUAGGAGCCUCUGGAGAAGCAACUCCAAGCACAAGAAGCUUUGCGAGGAGUGGGCGCUUGCGAGCAGUUGCGAGUCGGUGGGCCCGAGCACGUCGUCGAGCGCCGAAGUGGUGAGCAGCAGUGCACCAACGAGUGCGAGUACUAGCGCGAGUAGCAGCCGCACAGGACCCGAUGAGCCCGACCUCCUGCCCGAGACGAGCUUCGAGCUCAAGUACUUUGGCUGCACCCCCGUCGAGUCGCCCUCCAGCGAGAAGGAGACGGCCCACGCCAUCAAGACCAUCGUGUGCACGGCAAAGGCAAGUGGAAAAAAGCUCCAGAGAGUCUCGUUGGCCGUGAGUUUGCGAGGCAUCCGAAUGACGGACCUGACCACCGGAGAGGAGCAGCUCCGCAUCUCCAUAUACAGCAUCUCGUACUGCUCGGCCGACGGGGCCCACGGCAACGUGUUUGGCUUCAUAGCGGCGAACCCGGAGGAGAUCCUCGAGUGCCACGCCUACCUCUGCCCGAAGCGCAAAGUCGCCCAGACGGUCACUCUGGCCGUGGCCCAGUCGUUCAACGCCGCCUACGAGCUUUGGCAACUGGCGGAGCUGGACACGGGCGCCUGCCACCCCGAGCCCCAAGGCCCACAAUUGUCGAAUGGGAAUGGCCUCGCCGAUGAGAAUGGACAUGACGAACAAGAUGAGGGUCACAAAAAAGGAUCUGUUUUGGACGAGAAAAGCCCAGAAGAGCGACGCAAGUGUAAAGGCAGCCUUCGUGGGAGGAAUAAAAGCUCGAGCCACAAGACAAACGACGAGUCCAAAGUUGUCGCCAAAGUCGAGUCUUCUUGGGUAUCCUUCGAGGACGAGACGUCCGGGGCGAGAAACGGCAUGCCCAUGAAGCCCCUAAACAAUAAGUCACCGACCCCGAGCCCCUCAUUGGCCACCAGCACCACCAGCAUCAAUGACUCGACAUCAACAGCAGCGGAACAGACGCAACUGAUCGCGAGCACCUGGACCGAGUCCGAGACGUCCCGGAAACUCGACCUCGUCUGCUCGUCGUAGCGCUUCCGGGACGUGCCGCUCAUCACGGGCCUGUGGCAGCAGUUGUCCUCCAACUCGCCCUCCUCUGCUGGCAAGGACCAACACCGACAACUGCCACCUGCGGCAGAGCAGCGGAUUUCGUCCGCACCUUGAACCAAUGGAAACAGCUGCCGAUCCUUGCGUCAUCGAUGCCAGUGACCAACUUCAGAGAGACAAGCCGUCCACUCCCACUGCCCCUCACACCCCAUCAACUACAUCAAAAUGUUGCCAAAGUGUGUGGUAUGUCCUGCUGCUACGCCAAACCUUAGAAGAUGAAGAAAGCAUUGGGAAUUUGGGGAUCACUGGCGCUAACAAACCACUCAGACUGUCAUGAUUUUUCCUCUGGGGAGCUUGGAAGAGACUCAUAUUUGUCUUCCUAGUACCGUUUUGAAAGUACUUUGAUUUAUUGGCUUUUCGGAAUAGGAAACGCUGAUACAUGGGAUUUUUUUACUUCUCAUCAGUUUUGAACAAUCAGUGAUCAGUGGUUUUUGAUAUAAUUGUGAUAAAUUGUAAAAAGAUACUGGUUAUUAACUCU